GUCCGGCUCCCGGCCCCUCUUUUCCACUUCCGCCCUCUGUACCCUGUGGCUUUCCCCCUCUUCUUUCUCUCUCUGUCUCUGUUUGAGGAGGAGCAGCUGCCGCCCCAGCGCUCGCACCCCGUUCACGGUGUCGCGCGCACGCUUCUUCUCGGGCGCGCUUCCUCCUCCUCCUCCUUCGGGCUCGACCCGAGGCUUCCGGCAGCAGCCUCCGGGUGUCGGAUUUUGUAAAAUAUAAUUAACGUAACUGAAAGGUGCAGCAGCGGGAUCGGCCCGGGCGGGGCGCCUCCAAAGAGAGGGACCCCGAACAAAGAAAUCCCGGGGCCGUUCCACGCUUGGGUCCCGGACACCCGCCCCUCGCGCGCUGUCCGCGCGUCCCUUAGUCCCGCGGUGACUUUUGGUCUGGGGUCUUCUACCGUCGUCUCGGAUUCUUCUUCUGUAUAGCUGUGGGCGGUGCGUUAUUCCACAGGUGCCGCCGCGCCGAUGCUCCGUACGUUCGCAGUAACGGGUAGAGCGGAAGGCUCCGUGGCCAGGGAAGAGCGGCACGGACACGUUCCUGCUCGCUCCGUUGCACCGGAAUUUCGACGGCUGGGUUCGGCCGCUAAAUUGAUGGCGCUACCGGAAGAAAUUUCAGAAAAAAAGGGUGGCUUUUUCGUCGAUCUCUUGGUGAGAGUAUCAAAUCAGGCGGCGGUAAAUACGUAGAAGCAACUAGGCGUACUACGGCGUGUACCGGACAGCGUUGGCGUGCCGCUCUGCUAGCAGCGGAGAGCCAGAUGAGGAUGCCCGUGAUAUGAGAAAAGCUCUGUCCAGAGAUACGGAGACGAAAUCAGUUGUACCUCACCCUGUGACACCGGAAGACAUUGAGUAACUGUAAGCUGUGAUGCUCAGUGAAAUUACUAAGAGCGUUAAGUUUCCCGUGCCUUUGCUUUCACUCUCCCAUUCUCUUGUCUUGCGGCACGUCGCAUUUGUUGAGGCCGUGGAAGCGACACCGGGAGCGAUGGGUUGUCAGAACCAGGUCCUCCUGCCUGUCGCUGGUUUUGCUUACCUUCGCCGUCUCUGUGUACCGGCCUGCAUCUCUCUCUCUGUUCCUCAAUCCCUGUCCUCUCUUCUCUGCUCUGCUUUGUUUCACUGCGUAUGUCCCGUUCCCUGUCCCACCUUUAUGCUUCCUUCCUUCUUCCUCGCCUUUUUCUUUGUCCUUUUGUCCUGCUCCCCGACCCUGUUUCUCGCUCCAUCUGACCGUCCUUUUCCUGGCACCUUUGUGUCUCUGCUCCUUGCCCCCGUCUUUCUCUCCCCUCUGCCCAGUCCUCGUCUCCCUCUUUUGUCUCUCUCUCCCUCUGUCCUCCUUCUGCCUCUGCCCCUCUGUCCUGCUCCCUGCCCCUCUUUUUCUCACUCUGCCCCAGCGUCCCGCUCCCCGGUCCUCUUUCCCUCUGUUGCUCUCUCCUUUUCUCUCUCCUUCUCCCUGCUCCCCAGCCCGGUUCUCUCACGCUCCCGCUUCCUUUUUUUAUUCUCUGUUGCUCUGUCCUGCUCCCCGUGCCGCUGUCCCUCGCCGUACCUCUCGGUCCGGCUCCCUGCCCUUAUUCUCUUUUCCUCCCUCGCCGUGGCGCUGCCCGCCCAGGGUCGUUUCUGCCUCUCUGUCCCGCUCCCCGUCCUGGUUUGUCGGUCGCCGUCCCGCUGCCUCUCUUCCUGCCGCUUCUUCCUCCCUCUCUGUCAGGCUCCCUGUCCCCGUCCUUCACUCGCCGUCCCUUUCCUUGCCUCGUGCUUUCUCGCUCGCCGCCGCCCCCCCCAUCCAGCUGGCUGCCCCUUUUCUCCUCUCUUCUAGCGUCCUGCAGCUGGCUCCUCGGUUUUGGCGGCAGCCUGCACAUAGCAGCCCAGCUCUCCAGCAGCCUGACGGACCGACCGUGUGUCUGUUCCACGCCGGACUGGCGAGCGUGGCUCUGGGUAGGACAGCCGAGGUGCCCCAGGGCCGGGCCCCGAGCCCCGGUGCGGAGUCUCUCCCGGGACCGGCUCUGUGUGUGACCGAAUAAACGC